GCAAGGUGAUGAUCUGGCGGGGUCCGCCGGGACAGGCUCCUUCUUGGUUCGUUCUCGUUCAUCCGAUUGGGUUGCUAAUGCUUUGCAAGUCUUCGACCCGACUCCAUCGCAUCUUCGAGUUGUAAACCCCUGCCUCGAAUUGUGCUGCUACCUCUCGCGAGGCCAGCCUAGAAUUGCCGUGUGGUGGUUUUGUCACAAUAAUUGGUGAUUCUCGUCUGCUUAUUACGACAACCUAAAGAUUUUUUCUAGAGGGGUUUGCUGAAGCGAAUUCCUCCCAGCUCUCUGGUUUGUGAAGGACGUGGUAUCACCAUGAGUUUUAACUUGUUUGGAAAGAAGAAAACUCCCGCAGAACUUCUGCGGGAAAAUAAGCGUGCACUUGAUAAGUCCAUUCGCGAGAUAGAGCGCGAGAGACAAAAUCUGCAGAAUCAGGAGAAGAAGUUAAUAGUGGAGAUAAAAAAGACAGCCAAGCAAGGCCAAAUGGGCGCAGUUAAGGUGAUGGCGAAGGAUUUGAUUCGAACGAGACAUCAAAUCACCAAAUUUUAUGGUCUUAAAUCACAGCUACAAGGCAUCUCCCUGCGCAUUCAGACAUUAAAGUCGACCCAGGCUAUGGCCGAAGCUAUGAAGGGGGUCACAAAGGCUAUGGGUCAGAUGAAUAGGCAGAUGAAUUUACCUGCACUUCAGAAGAUUAUGAUGGAAUUCGAAAGGCAGAAUGAGAAGAUGGAAAUGACAACUGAAGUUAUGGGCGAUGCUAUUGACGAUGCUUUGGAAGGUGAUGAGGAGGAAGAGGAAACUGAAGAGCUUGUGAGCCAAGUACUUGAUGAAAUUGGCAUUGAUCUCGACUCUCAGUUGAUGACGGCUCCAGCUCAUGCAACAGAGCCUCAAGUACAAGCUACACCGUCCAAAGUUGCUCAACCUCAGGGAGCAGGAGGUUCAGCAUCGGAUGAUGGGGGAAUUGACAGUGACUUACAAGCUCGUCUUGACAACUUACGCAAAAUGUGAAUUCUCUAUUCGACUAGAGAUUACGCGUUGCUUCUUUACGGCAACCACCCAACUUUAAACUAGUUCCUUAGGAUGUCCAAAACAAUUGUUUACGAGAUUUUCUAAUACGAGUGGCCCAUAGCUGUGGAUGUCGCUGUGGCACAAGGAAACUUGAUCAUUGUUUAUAUUAGCUACCGGUAUGAUACGGGUACUAUCUUUUACAGCUGGAUCAUUGCACUUGUUUGUUGCUGAGUAUUCUCUAAAAUAGAUGAACAUAUUUGGGUUCAUUCUACACUUGUUGAAAUCUUCUAUCUAGCUGCUUAGAGAAUUUUUAAAUUACGGGUUCAAUUCUCAGGUUAUGCUUGUGGCACGCAAACCUUGUACAGUUGCAAGCAGCGAACAUUUGAAUUAAUGGAGCGACCUUCUAUUCAAUGCC